GGCACGCGUAACGAACGCACCACAGAGCCGACGCGCGCAAUUCAUUCCACAGUGAGGAGGGAGAAAGAAUAACUCUCCCUUCGGCAUCCCGCUCACUUCACCAUGGAUUUGAGGUUAAAAAGGCAACGAGGAACACUCUCAUGGCUGACACUACUUUUUUGCUGUAUCGGUGGGACAUUAAGCAGAGAGAGCUGUGAUGGAUCACUGGUGUCUCACCUCCCUCCCUCGGCCUUCAAGAGCUCCUCUCAGCUGUCCAGCAGCCAUGGCCCAGGCUUUGCCAAACUCAAUCGCAGAGACGGAGCUGGAGGCUGGUCACCGCUGGACUCCAAUAAGUACCAGUGGCUGGAGAUCAACCUCUGGGAGCGGACUGAAAUCACAGCCAUCGCCACUCAGGGCCGAUAUGGCAGCUCGGACUGGGUCACUGGCUACCAGCUCAUGUUCAGUGACACGGGACAUAACUGGAGACAGUAUCGACAAGAAGACAGCAUCGGAGUGUUUUCAGGGAACACCAAUGCUGACAGUGUUGUGCCAUUCAAACUGCACCAGCCCAUGUUUGCUCGAUUCCUAAGAGUUGUUCCCCUGGACUGGAACCCUAAUGGAAGGAUUGGAUUAAGACUGGAAGCAUACGGUUGUCAAUACAAGUCCGAUGUGAUGGAGUUUGAUGGGAGUAGCUCAGUGCUCUACAAAUUCAGUCCCAACUCCAGUCAAGCACCCAAAGACAAGCUGUCCCUGAAGUUCAAAACCAUGCUCAACUCAGGCACUCUCAUCCACAUGGAAGGAACGCAUGGGCCAAGCUUAACGGUGGAACUAGUGAAGGGAAAACUAUUAUUUCAUCUCAGCAAAGGUAAUGCCAAGCAUCCAUCUCCCGACUUUCACACCUCGGCGUCACUGGGGAGCCUCCUGUACGACCAGCACUGGCACUCCGUCACGAUCGAGCGCGUCAGCAGACACCUCAACCUUACAGUGGACAAAAGCAGCCAGCAGCUCCACGUGCCGGCCCACCUGAGUCUUUCUGACAUCAGCGAGGGUGCUGUCUCGUUCACCUGCACCGAGCCAAUAGACGUGCCGGUAACAUUCUCCAGCCCUGGAAGUUACCUCCAGCUGCCACUGAGCGUGCCCAGUGAUGACCUUUCUGUCAGCCUGGAGUUCAGGACGUGGAACAAGGCGGGGCUCCUGCUGACCUUUGACCUCCAGCAGCAGGCUGGCAGCACAUGGCUGUACCUGAGGGACACCAGGGCCAGGCUGCAGAUCCACAAGGCCGGCCGUGUACUCAUCGACAUCACUGCAGGGUCAGGACUGAAUGACGGCCAGUGGCACACGGUGCAUCUGAUUGGUCGAAGAGGUCGUCUGGCCAUCACUGUGGAUGGAGAUGAUGGAGGCACGGCACAAGCCAACCCCACCUUCCCCGUCAGCCCAGAGAAUCAGCUGUUUUUCGGAGGUUGUCCAGAGGGUGGUAAAUCGGAGAGUCGUGGCUGCAGAAACCCCUUCAGCGUGUUCCAGGGGUGCAUGAGGCUUAUCCGCACAGGAGACCAAGAGGUGGACCUCAUCAAGGUCCAGCAGAUGGCUCUUGGAAACUUCAGCGACUUGCAGAUGGACGUCUGUGGCAUCAUCGACCGGUGCUCCCCAAGCUACUGUGAACACGGAGGGAAGUGCACCCAGUCCUGGAGCGCCUUCCACUGCAACUGCUCACACACAGGCUACAAAGGAGCCACCUGCCACAGCUCCAUUUAUGAACAGUCCUGCGAGGCUUACAAGCACAAGGGAAACACGUCUGGGUUUUACCACGUCGAUGUGGACGGGAGUGGGCCCAUCGACCCACAGAGGAUCUACUGCAAUAUGACAGAUAAAACAUGGAUGGUGAUCCAACACAAUAACACGGAGCUCACUAAAUUAAAACCAUCCGCGGGGAUAAAUCAGCACUUGGCCCACUUCAGCUAUCCUGCCGACGUGGAGCAGCUCCGGGCGAUAAUUACCAAGGCCGAGCACUGCGAGCAGGAACUUUCCUACCACUGCAAAAAGUCACGUCUUUUAAACACACCCGGCGUUCCUUUCACGUGGUGGAUGGAUGGAGGUGGGGAGGUCCAGACCUACUGGGGAGGCGCCACGCCCGAGAGCAAGCAGUGUGCCUGCGGCCUGCACGAGAGCUGCAUCGAUCCCCAGCGCUUCUGCAACUGCGACGCCGACGGAGUCGAUUGGGCUAAUGACACAGGACUGCUCUCUCAUAAGGAGCACUUACCUGUGCGAGGCAUUGCUGUUGGGGACUUGAGCAGGCCUGGCUCGGAGGCCGCAUACAAAGUGGGAGCCCUACAGUGCUACGGUGACUUGCACUUUUGGAACUCAGCCUAUUUCAACAAGGAGACGUCGUACUUACAUUUCCCCACCUUCCAUGGAGAGCUGAGUGCUGACAUCUCCUUCAUGUUCAAGACCAGCACGGCCUCGGGAGUGUUUUUGGAGAACCUUGGCAUCAAGGACUUCAUUCGGAUCGAACUGAGCUCUCCGUUGGAGGUGCUCUUCUCCUAUGAUGUGGGCAACGGGCCUGUGGAGGUGCGGGUGGAGUCGCCCUCUCCCCUGAACGACGACUGCUGGCACAGUGUGCGGGCCGAGCGCAAUGUGAAGGAGGCCUCACUCCACGUGGACCAGCUGCCUGGUGCCACCCAGAGGGCACCGCCCGACGGGCACAUCCACCUGCAGCUCAACAGCCAGCUGUUUGUGGGAGGAACAGCGUCAAGGCAGAAGGGGUUCCUGGGCUGCAUCCGUUCGCUGCAGCUGAAUGGGAGGACGCUGGACCUGGAGGAACGUGCCAAGAUCACCCCGGGGGUGCGGCCCGGCUGCCCGGGACACUGCAGCAGCUAUGGGAGCCUGUGCCAGAACCGCGGACGCUGCGUGGAGAGACACACGGGCUUCGCCUGCGACUGCGGUCUCUCUGCCUACACUGGAGCCUUCUGUCGAAAAGAGGUGUCGGCCUACUUCAAGCCCAGCACGUCAGUGUCCUACACUUUCAAGGAGCCCUAUGAGCUGACGAGGAACAGCAGCAGCAGCAGCGUGCAGGCCUCCUCCCUCUACUCUGACAUGACACUGCGGGCCGAGAACAUCUCGCUGGGCUUCCGCACCUCCCAGGCCCCGGCCCUGCUGCUCUACGUGGCCUCCUACUACCGCGACUACCUCGCCGUCCUGCUCAACCGAAACGGACAAUUGGACGUCAAGUAUAAACUGCAGAGCAACAGGGAGGCAGAGGUGUUCAAGACCAACACAAGGAACUUGGCCAAUGGACAAUUUCACACCGUCUCUAUCAGAAGACAAGCAGAAAAUCUCUACAUCCAGGUUGACCAGUAUGAAGAGGAGGACUUCAACAUCACGUCAGAUGUGGACUUCAAUGCCAUUAAAUCGGUGGUGCUUGGGAGGGUACAUGACUCGGUGGAGCUGGAUCCGGAGAUAGCGCGGCUGAACUCCCUGGGCUUCAGCGGGUGCCUGUCUGUGGUGCACUUCAACUCCAUCACCCCCCUGAAGGCCGCCCUGCUCUACCCGGCCACCAGCCCCGUGGUGGUCACCGGGCCCCUGGAGGAGUCAGCCUGCGGGGCCUCUGCACCCAGCCAGCACCACGCCACCGAGACCACACACUCACUAGCAGAUCAUUUUGGCUCUGUAGGCACUGGUGAACCUAUAGUCAAUGCAAUCAGCAGUGACUCUGCCUUGAUUGGAGGUGUCAUCGCCGUGGUGAUUUUUGUCAUCUUGUCAGCGCUGGCCGUCAUGGGCCGCUGCCUGUAUCGACGGAAGGAGACGUUCCAGACACAGCAACCCAAGGGGAUCAAGGGGCCCGUGGAGGACAGCCCAGAAUUUCCCUUCAACAACGAUGCCAACACGCAGUACGUGCUCAGCGAGAGCCAGAGGGAGCACUUCAUAUGAUACAGUACGUUUACAAGUAGGACUACUCCUACCCCAAUCCGACUCCCAAAGUCUACCCCAAACCGACUAAUCCUACAAAGAAAACAUGCAAGCCUUACAGAGAGAGCACAGAGACUUAAGCAUUCAUGGAGUGGGUUUUUUUGCAUAAUACUUGCAGGAACUUUCAACAAUUGGGAAUGCAGUGCUGAGGACACAGUAAGCAGAAAAAUAGAGGUGAUGAUAAAAUUCAAAAAUAAAAAUGUGUGUGCGAACAAAUUGCCCUUAUAAAUGAUUUUUCUAUUUUAAUUUUGUACAUACAUAUGAGUACAGUAACUUUUUUGGCACAGUUAUGUGGCUUGAGUUUCUAAAAGGUUUGUGUGUGCGUGUGUGGAAAAAAAUGUGUCAGAAAUUGUAAAUAACCUUUAAAAAGAUGUACAUGUCUAUAAUACCUUUAUAACAGCUAUCUU